GCUUUCUGGGACCCGAGAGUUCUUUGGAAGCAGAGCGCGAGCGAGGGAGCGGGCGAGCUCCGAGGGGGUGUGCGUGUAGGGAGAGGGAGAGAGCAGGCAGCGGCGGCGGCGGCAGCGGUGGGGAAAAGCGGAUUCCGCCCCGAGCCACACCGAGGGGAGCUCGCGGUCGCGACUUGCCGCCCUAAGCACUCUCCCAAGUCCGGCCCGCUCGGCGAGGACUUCCGUCUCCUGGGCGAACCUUGUCAAGCAAGCUGGGAUCUAUGAGUGGAAAGGUGACCAAGCCCAAAGAGGAGAAAGAUGCUUCUAAGGUUCUGGAUGACGCCCCCCCUGGCACACAGGAAUACAUUAUGUUACGGCAAGAUUCCAUCCAAUCCGCGGAAUUAAAGAAAAAAGAGUCCCCCUUUCGUGCUAAGUGUCACGAAAUCUUCUGCUGCCCGCUGAAGCAAGUACACCACAAAGAGAACACAGAGCCCGAAGAGCCUCAGCUUAAGGGUAUAGUUACCAAACUAUACAGCCGACAAGGCUACCACUUGCAGCUGCAGGCAGAUGGAACCAUUGACGGCACCAAAGACGAGGACAGCACUUACACUCUGUUUAACCUCAUCCCUGUGGGUCUUCGAGUGGUGGCUAUUCAGGGUGUUCAAACCAAGCUGUAUUUGGCAAUGAACAGCGAGGGAUACUUGUACACCUCGGAACACUUCACACCUGAGUGCAAAUUCAAAGAAUCAGUGUUUGAAAAUUAUUACGUGACAUAUUCCUCAAUGAUAUACCGUCAGCAGCAGUCAGGCCGAGGGUGGUAUCUGGGUCUGAACAAAGAAGGAGAGAUCAUGAAAGGCAACCAUGUGAAGAAGAACAAGCCCGCAGCCCAUUUUCUGCCCAAACCACUGAAAGUGGCCAUGUACAAGGAGCCGUCACUGCACGAUCUCACGGAGUUCUCCCGAUCUGGAAGUGGGACCCCAACCAAGAGCAGAAGUGUCUCCGGCGUGCUGAACGGAGGCAAAUCCAUGAGUCACAAUGAAUCAACGUAGCCAGUGAGGGCAAAACAAGGGCUCUGUAACAGAACCUUACCUCCAGGUGCUGUUGAAUUCUUCUAGCAGUCCUUCACCCAAAAGUUCAAAUUUGUCAGUGACGUUUACCAGACAGGCAGAGUUCACUAUUCUAUCUGCCAUUAGACCUUCUUAUCAUAAAUACUAAAGCCCCAUAAUUCAGAUUGAGCUUGUGCAAAAGAAUGCCAAGCAUUAUCAGUGAAAUAAAUCUGGGAGAAGGACUGCCAAAUUUUGUCAUGAUCUCACUUGUACGUACUUCGGAGAUGACAAACCAAAAAUAUUUCACAGCACGAAUGCUGAUCCAAAUUUGCUCUCCAGUCAAGAAAAUUUAAAAGACCACAAUUGUUCUUCAAAAACAAACAAAACAAACUUAAUUGCUUAAGUGCUUUGUAGGGGCAAAAAAAAAUUAUGUGAACUGUGUUGUUUUCUUGGCUUAAUGUUUUCCAUCUACGCUUGAUUCAAAUGUACUUUACUUUGGUGUAGUGCAACUUUAUCAUUUCUAAAAUUCAAUGGUUCUGUUGACUCUGUGUCACUUAAUCCAAAUCAACCAAAUUCAGGGUUGAAUCUGAAUUGGCAUCUCAGGCUCAAGGUAACAGUGUUCUUGUGAUUUUACCUUUAUUCUUAUUCUUUUUUUUUUUAAGAUUUGUAGUAUUCUGGUCAAGUUCUUAUGCUGUACUUUGUGCGUAGAAAAUGAGUUGUAUUGUCAACCCCUGUCAGUAAAGAUAACUUAAGAAAAGAUUAUCUUCAAGUGUAGAUUUCUCUUAAUUCCAUUUGUGUAUCAUGUUAAAAUAUUGUUGUGGCUUCUUGUGUAAAGACAGGAAACGUGGAACUGUGUUGUUGUCUUUUGUGUUGUUAAAAUAAGAAAUGUUUUAUCUGUAUAUGUAUGAGUCCUCCUGUCUUUGUAUUUGGCACGUGAAUAUUGUGUACAAGGAAAUGUUAAGACUGGUUACCCCUAAACAACAUAUAUUAUACUUGCUACUGGAAAAGUGUUUAAGACUUAGCUAGGUUUCCAUUUAGAUCUUCAUAUCUGUUGCAUGGAAGAAAGUUGGAAUCUUGGCAUAGAGUUGCAUGAUAUGUAAGAUUUUGUGCAUUAAUAAUUGUUAAAAUCUGUGUUCCAAAAGUGGACAUAGCAUGCACAGGCAGUUUUCUGUCCUGUGCACAAAAAGUAAAAAAAAAAAAAAAAGUUGUUUAAUAUUUGUUGUUGUAUACCCA